AUGUCAACAGUCUUCUUCAUCACGGGCGCGGGAAGCGGCAUCGGACGCGUCUUAGCACGGGAGCUCCUUCUCAAGGGCUACCGGGUAUUCCUGACCGAUUACAACAAUGCUUUCCUCGAAGAUACUUGCGUCGCACAUCUCCCUUCUGUGGUUUCCUGUGACAAGCAUGUGAAUUUUCAGUGGGUGCAGAUGAAUGUCUGUGAUGCCGAGCAAAUCACCAAGGCAAUUGCACAGUGUGUUCAGGCUUUUGGGAGUAUCGAUGUCCUAAGUCAAUACAUGCGCGCAGGUGUCAGAAUGGAUCAAGUCCCGACAUCCGAUUUUGAGAAAAUUAUUUCAGUUAACCUGAUCGGCACAUACCGUGUUUCCCAGGCGGCAAUCCCCUAUCUUGAGCAAUCCCCUGGCGGCGGCGUCAUUGUCAACAUGUCCAGCUGCCGGGCGACCCAGCAGAGCAAGCACGGAGAAGCCUAUGCGGCUUCCAAGGCUGGUAUCGAAGGUCUCAGCAUGUCCAUGGCCGUGAGUUUAGGGCCAAAGAUAAGAGUGCAUGUGGUGAGCCCGGGGAUGGUGGAUGUACGAUGCGAGCGGAAUGAGAGCCUGCUGCCGGACGUGCAGACACUUCGAGCUGAUUUGAAUCGAGAUUUUCAAAGUGAGUAUGCGCCAGCUUGGGGGGCAGGGAAAAGUGACGCCCUGAGCGAGGCUCACCCAGUGGGCAGAAUUGGAAGAGGGGAAGAUAUCGCAAGGUGGGUAGAAUUUCUGGGUGUUUUGGAGGGUGGUUUCACGACAGGUGGGACCUACUUAGUGGAUGGGGGCUACUCAAAAGUGCUGUCGUACCCUAGCUAG